AUUCCGGUGGAUGCGUACUCGUGCGACGAGUUCCGGAUGUACGAGUUCAAGGUGAAGCGGUGCGCGAGGGCGCGGUCGCACGACUGGACGGAGUGCCCGUUCGCGCACCCCGGGGAGAAGGCGCGGCGCCGGGAUCCGCGCCUGCACCACUACUCCGGCAGCGCGUGCCCCGACUUCCGCCGCGGCGCGUGCAGGCGGGGCGACGCGUGCGAGCACGCGCACGGCGUGUUCGAGUGCUGGCUCCACCCGGCGCGCUACCGCACGCAGCCGUGCAAGGACGGGACGCACUGCCGCCGCCGCGUCUGCUUCUUCGCGCACAUGCCGGAGCAGCUCAGGAUCCUGCCGUACGCCGCCGCCGACGAAUCGCCGCGGGCCGUGCCGAUCGGAUCCUCGCCGCGGUACUCGCCGCCGACGUCUCCGGUGGCGGCGUCGCCGCCGCAGUCGCCGUUGAGUCAGCUCACCGAGUCGAUUCGCGGUAUGCAGAUCAAUAAUAAGAUGAAAUUAGGGCUCGGGAUGGGAAUGGGGAUGAAUUUGGGGAUGGGAUUGAGCAUGAGCCCGCCGUCUUGGGGCGGCGGGUACGGGUCGCCAAAGAUCCGACCCGGAUUCCGGAGUCUUCCUGCAACUCCUAUCCGGGCUGUGACCCGACCCGGGAUAAACGCGUUUGAUCUGUGGGAGAGUUCGUGCGAGGAGGAGCCGGCGAUGGAGCGGGUCGAAUCGGGUCGGGCGCUCCGCGAGAGGAUCUAUUCGAAGCUGGGUAAGGAGAACUCGUUGAAUCGGGUCGGGGAAAUCAGGAGAGAUGAGAGUGGGGCGCCGAAGAUAAACAAAGUUUCCAACUCCGGGAACUACUCUAUGAGCGAUGGAGGUCCUACAAUCGAGCUCAACAUGCCCGACGAGAACCCGGACUUGUCAUCUCCCAAAGAGGAAAGCGACGGGGAAGGCCUUAUAGGCCAUCUGAGGGACUUGGUGGAGAAGGAUACGUUGUCACUGUCGGAGUUCGAACUUGAGUUGCACGAUGAGAUGAUCGACUACAUUCGCUCAAGUAUGAGGAAGAACAGAUAG